CAUCAAUUGACCGUUCGAAUUCCGGUCUCAACACGUUUUCUUUCAACCCCGCCAUCAUCUUUAGUGAUUAUGGCUGACACAGAGAACAUUCCCCGAACUACCGACCUCGAAACUGCGGUUAACUUUGCUGCCGAGGAUGGCGUGUCUCCUGAACCUCAUGAUGAACAUGAGGCGUUUGUCGUGGUAGAAGACCCAGUCACACAGGGCGAAAUUGGCUCGUCUGCCGAUGGCGCAGUAGAUGAUGAUGUGAUCAAUCAAAUAGUCAUGCAGGAAGCCACGCAGCCCGGUGACACGCCUAAGGAUGCUGCACCUGCCACAAAGCCGGAGGUGACUAAGAAGCUCACUGCUCCAAAGGCCGUCUUGAAAAUAGGAAAGGAGAAACCAGUCAUAUCCGCUAAAGCUGUUCCGACAAGAUCUGCACCGCCUACGCCAACCGUGAAGAAGGUAUUGAAUUCUGGCACGUUUGGAUCUGGCGCUACUAGUACGAAACCAAGCCCUGCGAGCAAGGUCCUUACUUCAACUCCUCUCACUACUGCGAAAACCACCCCUUCUGCUCCUUCAUCUUUGAGGAAAUCUAUCAGCACUCCCCCUGCCAAUUCGCCAGUAAAAACAGCGUCCACCAUGGCGUCUUCUAGAAGCCCUCCCGUUCCCCCAUCUCGCCGAUCAUCCGUGCUCCCUCCAAGGGCGCCAUCUGCUACGGGCAACCCUCCGCCAUCAAAGUCGAGGGGUUCUUUAUUGGCAUCCUUAACAUCUUCCAAACCUCCAGCUGAAGCCAGCGCACCUUCGCGCUCUUCUGUUAUUUCUCCUUCUGGUUCCACUGCGUCAUUGAGGUCCAAUGCCGCUGCUUCUGCUGUCUCUCGUCCUCGUGCUUCAAUAUCAGAUGUUGUGAGGAGAACGCCUUCAACGUCAUCCUCGAAGGGAAACUCUUCGAUAGUGGCCCCUACGCGACAGGCUACUUCAAUCUCAUCCAUUCGAGAAGUUAAUGAUGGAAAAUCUGUAGAAGAGAUGCAACAGAAACUCAAAGAGGCGAUGGAUGCGCUCUCAGUAAAAACGCAGGCGGUUGCCGACCUUUCAGUAGCUCUAGAUACGGCUCGUGCAGAUGCUGGAGCAAGUCAAUCUUCACUUCUGCAGCUGCAGCAAGAGAGGGCUGCUGCUGUAUCGGACCUGCAAGAACUCAACGCUACUUUGCAACGAGAUCGCGCUGAACAUUCACGGGUCCUUAUUCUACUCGAGUCCAUGAAGCGGGAGCUUGAUGCGGCAAAGUGGGCGUCAUCUAACCACACUAAUAAUGUUUAUGACCUCCAGAGUCAAGUAGUUUCUCUCACAGCUGAACUGGUUGCAGCUCGCGAGAACUUUGAGACUCUGCGCGCCUCAAGCGAGCGAUCUUCUUCCGAAGCAGCAGCAGCAGCUCAAAGCGAGCGCGAGGCUGUUCUUAGGGCAAGGACCGACUACGAAACUAUUAGCGCAGAACUGGAAGCGUUGAGAGCUUCUCACGCUUCUACAAUUCAAGAUUUCCACGUCAGGCUGAGUGAAACCGACGAGCGAGCCGCUGAUGCAGACGCUCUCGAAGCCCAGGUCAGGCAACUCAGGGCGGAGCGCGAGGAAAACGCGAACAAGCUCUCAGAGCUGGAGGUCGAGAUUUUGGAGUUGAAGGAGAGUCAAGAGCAAGCAGAGGACGACCAUGCGAAGGUACUUGACCGCCUCAAAGGGGUGGAGGAGGAACUAGCCCAUGCCGUCGCAGCCACUCAGAGUGCUCUUGCUGCAUCUAAAGUCAGAGAGGAACAACACGCUGAACAGAUGACUGAGGUCAAGGAAGCUCACAGUGGCGAGCUGCAAACCGCCACCGAUGAGCUCUCCAAUAUUGUUGCCGACCUUGCAGCAUUGCGGGAAGAGCUCGCUGCUGCUCAUGCAGCCCAUGAGCAGACAAAGAUCGAAGCUCAGAAUACUGCCGAGGAGCAUGAGCGUCAGAUCGAGGAGACCGAAAGUGAAUUUUUCUCCAAGCAUCUUGAGCUUUCGGAGGAGAUCAAGAGAAUCACUAUCGAGCUGGAGAGUCAAGAAGCACGCUACAAUGCUAAAGUUGAUGCUCUUAAGGCGGAGCACGAUUUGCUCCUGCAGGAGGCAUUUGAACGUGCUAAGAAUGAAGCUGCAGAUGUACAUAGCGAAGACCUUCAAUCGCUCCGUGCUGAAUCACAAGCGACAAUUGAACAGCUCCGUAGUGCCCACCAGUCGACGGUGGAUGGACUGAAAGCAGACCAUGAAGACGUUCUCACAUCGCAGGUCGGCGAUCUGGAGAAGAAAUUAAGUAACCAGAGCCUCGAGCUACGUGCUACGCAAGAUGAUCUUGCCAAAGCCAAGACAGCGCUAGAGUCUUCGCGGUCUGACGCGGAAAGCCUCAAGGCGCAGCUUGAAGAUGCCCGGGCGGCAUUCGUCGCCGCUUCCACCUCUGCUGACCAGGCGUCCGAGAUCGAUCGCCUGACGAAAGAGCUUGCCAACUUCCGUGAUGAGAAUGUCAUGCUUAACGACGUUCUUACCGUCACAAAGGAAUCCCUUUCGGAAAUGUCUGCCAAUCAUACAAAGGAGCUCGAGGAAGCGGCUCGUGGACGUGUCGAAGACGUGAUGAGCCUCCGUGCUGCUCAUGAAGAGGAGAUCGGCAGGCUUGCAGCGCAGAAAUCAGAGCUGUCUCUUAGACUAUCCGACCUGGAGGGGGAGAUCGCCACGCUUCAAGCACAGGUUGCGGCUGCGGCUGCAGCUGCACCGAAAAACAGCGGGGCAAUGUCCCCAUCGUCGACUAUGGUCACCAGGGAGGAACUGCAGAGAAUGCACGAGGCGCACAACAUGAAAAUGCACGACGUGGUGGCUGAUCAUGAGCGCAUCGUCAGGGAUCUCAGGAAUGAGGUUGACGGGCUCCAGAACAAGCUGGACGAGGUCCACCAGGACAUCGCACGCAAAUCGAUGGAGAUCCAGUAUCUUGAGCAAGAGCAAGAAGAGAGCCAAGACUCUAUCACUCGAUUAAAGGCAGAUAUCGAACAACUAAGCGGCACAUCCAAUGCAUGAAGGCUCGAUCACCAACCCUCCGCCGUCAGGAUUCACUAGCCUCAUGGAUUCCGCGCAGCUUCCAUCCCCCCUCCUCGUGGUUGGACUAUGUCUGCGGGUGGUAUCCUGCUCUGUCGGGGUUAUUGUUGACUUGCCCUUCCUUUCCUUACCCCUCUCUAUUCGUAAUAUAACAAACUCCCCGCACAUUUUUACCUAUCAUUCUUAUCACUGUCAGAUGUCUCAGUCUAGCAUCAACUUCCUUUUCACUGCAUACCCCCUAUGGUUAAUGACUGCACAUAUCUGGAUGUCUUUCUCUAAUGCGACUGUACCAUUGUAGAUCCUGCAUCGUUUGAAUGGAACUCUUUAAUUAUGCCGACUUCUUACUGCUGUUCUGUACCAAUAGACUCA